GGAAGCAAUCUGAAGUGAAGCGACCAGUCCGGCGUAUACCAGCCCCAACGUCUGAGGGCUAUUUCCAUGAUGCGUAGUGCAUCUUUCAGAUUUACGAAAUAGCAAUUGAACCUCUGACGGCGCGGCAAUGUCAGAUGGCGGAAAGUCCUCGUCGUCUUAUUUCCACUUCUUCGCAGGCCUGAACUCUGGCAUUCUCUCGGCAGUACUCCUCCAACCCGCCGACCUUCUCAAAACGCGCGUUCAACAAUCGCGCUCAAGCACCCUCUUUGGCACCAUACAAUCCAUAGCCAGCGGACCAAACCCCGUACGGCAAUUCUGGAGGGGAACACUACCAAGCACACUACGUACAGGCUUUGGGUCUGCCAUAUACUUCUCCAGCCUCAAUGCGCUGCGUCACCGAGCGAGUUUAGGAGCCGCGGGGAGGGCAGAUGCAGCGGCCAAGGGAGCAGAGCAUUCGAGCUCGCUGCCAAAAUUAAGCAACACGGCCAAUUUGGCGACAGGCGCUUUUGCGCGAACAUGGGCAGGCUUCAUCAUGAUGCCGAUAACGGUGCUUAAAGUCCGAUAUGAGAGUAACCUGUACGCCUACAACUCGCUCUUCACGGCAUCAAGAGACAUAUUCCGCACAGAGGGGCUCAAGGGCUUCUUUGCCGGGUUUGGAGCAACCGCAGUUCGCGAUGCACCCUAUGCGGGGCUAUAUGUCCUCUUCUACGAGCAGUCGAAGAGAAAGCUUUCUAGCCUUGCAACAAAGAUUGAACAGACAUCCGGCGCAUCCACCAAGCUUUCCACCAGCACGUCUGCAGGUAUAAACUUUGUCUCGGGUGUCGCCGCAGCUGGACUAGGAACGACGAUUACCAACCCGUUCGAUGCCAUCAAGACGCGCAUCCAGCUCAUGCCCGAACGAUAUGGAAACAUGGUACAGGCGACUAAGAAGAUGUACAUGGAAGAGGGCCUGCGUUGCUUUUUCGACGGCCUAGGUAUUCGGAUCGCGAGAAAGGCAGUCAGUAGUGCGCUUGCUUGGACACUGUAUGAGGAGCUCAUUCGCCGAGCGGAAACUCUGAAGGAGGUGGUUGAGGAUAAGAUCUAA